GAGGUCCUUCAGGAUUCAGAAACCUUCAGGUAAAGCCAGAAACAGAAAAUGUUUAAAACCAUGUGGCAGGAGGAGUGGGCUGAGGAGAAGCACCAGACCCACCAAAGUGACCAGCAGAUAUCAGGCAUCCAACAUGUUGGAUGGMUUUAAUAACAACACAAGAUCUACGCUGAAUAAGAUGGACAACAUGAAGAAAAAGAGACUCAUUAGUAACAACAAAGAAGGAAAGAUCUACCUUAAAGCCCAGAAGAGAAGAACACCAGUCCCACCGCAGAGACAGCUCAGCGACAGCGAGGAUGGCAACGGUGGGAUAAUUGACGAGGACAGUGGGAACGGCACSGCUGCAGAUGAAGACAGCAACUCCAGCGAGAACCAGAACUUCGAUGCCAAACUGAGUCGAGCCUCGUCGCUCUACCAGGGCCCCAGCAGUGCUGCCGCCCUCUCGGCCUGCGCACAGAGGAGCUUUUUAGUUCCCGCAGAGGCAAGAUGGCCAGAGGAGCAGGCCUGGCAGACAUCGAUCCCAUGGCCAUCGAUCAGUCGGUGGGCUUCGACAGCAUCGGAGGUCUGUCGGGUCACAUCUCAGCUCUGAAAGAAAUGGUUGUCUUCCCGCUUCUUUACCCCGAAGUGUUUGACAAUUUCAAGAUUCAGCCUCCCAGAGGUUGCCUGUUUUAUGGCCCUCCUGGCACUGGGAAAACGCUUGUUGCCCGGGCGCUGGCCAACGAGUGUAGCAGUGGCAACAGGAAGGUGUCCUUCUUCAUGAGGAAAGGAGCCGACUGCCUCAGCAAGUGGGUGGGGGAGUCAGAGAGGCAGCUGCGGCUGCUGUUUGAACAGGCGUAUCAGAGACGUCCUUCUAUCAUCUUUUUUGACGAGAUUGAUGGUUUGGCUCCUGUUCGAUCCAGCAGACAAGAUCAAAUUCACAGUUCCAUCGUGUCGACUCUUCUGGCUCUUAUGGACGGUCUGGACAGCAGAGGGGAAGUGGUGGUGAUCGGAGCGACAAACCGGUUGGACUCCAUUGACCCGGCCCUGCGGCGUCCUGGACGCUUUGACAGAGAGUUCCUAUUCAGCCUACCUGACAGAGAGUCUCGCAAAGAGAUCCUAAAGAUCCACACCCAGCAGUGGAAACCUCCUCCAUCUGAAGAGUUUCUGGAUGAGCUAGCUGAAAAAUGUGUUGGUUACUGUGGCGCUGACAUCAAAGCGGUGUGCACCGAGGCGGCGCUGUGYGCGCUGCGCCGCCGGUACCCACAGAUCUACGGGACCUCCCAGAAGCUUCUGCUGGACGUCUCCUCCAUCUCCGUCAGCAGCUGCGACUUCGUUGCGGCCAUCAGGAAGAUGAAGCCGGCGUCGCAGCGCUCCACCGCCUGCCCAGCCAAGCCUCUGUCCCCCGUCGUUCAGCCGCUGCUGGGCACCGCCCUCCGUCACAUCCUGGAGGUCCUGCAGAGGAUGUUCCCACACGCUGAGCAGGGGAUGAAGAGGAAGAGGGAGCCAGAUCUGACUUCUGGUGUCCUCGAUGAUGGUCUGAUGAGUGGGGAAGAAGAGGGCGUCACAACCUGCAGCAUCUCUGCACCCUCCGCCUCCCAGAACAAAAACUUCCUGUACUUUGCCAGGAGUGCAGUCAAACACCCGACGUCUCACCGCCCCCGGAUGCUCCUGGCGGGUCGCCCCGACUCAGGUCAGACCUCCCACCUGGCCCCCGCCGUACUGCACGCUCUGGAGCGUUUCACCGUUCACAGCCUGGACUCUGCCGUGCUGUUUGGGGUCAGCUGCACCUCCCCGGAAGAAGCCUGUGCUCAGGUGUUCUGCGAGGCCAAGCGGACGGCUCCCAGCAUCCUCUACAUCCCUCACAUCCAGCAGUGGUGGGAGACGGCGGGGCCGGCACUCAGGGCCUCUUUUCUCAGCUUGUUGGAAAGCAUCCCCUCGUUUUCUCCCAUCCUGCUCCUCGCCACCUGCAGCAUCCCCCACCAGCAGCUGGACCCAGAGAUUCAGUUUUUGUUCCGUGAGGAGUAUGGGGAGGUGUACACCAUGAGUGUUCCCACCAGGAAGGAGAGAACAGAUUUCUUUAUUGAUCUCAUCAUGAACCAGGCGGCCGAGCCUCCGCCCUCCAACAAUAAAACAAUAGCUCCAACCGUAGAGGUCCUCCCCGUGGCUCCUCUGCCUCCCCCUCGACAGAUGUCCGAGCAGGAGCGCCUCCGUUUGGAGGAGCAGGAGGAGGACGUGCUGCGAGAGCUCCGCCUCUUUCUCCGGAACGUCACGGAGCGCCUGAUGCUGGACCGCCGCUUCAAGGCCUUCAUCGAACCGGUCGACAUCGAGGACGUGCCAGACUACCUGUUGGUGAUCAAGAAGCCCAUGGAUCUGUCCACGCUGCUGAGCAACGUCGAUGAGCAGAAAUAUGUCACCGUCGGCGAGUUCGUGGCGGACGCUGACCUCAUCUGGCAAAACGCUCUGGAAUACAACCCUGACAGCGACCCCCUGGAUCGCCACAUCCGUCAUCGCGCUUGUGCCCUGAAGGACACGAUGAGAGCCAUCGUCAGGGACGAACUGGAUGAAGACUUUGCGAGAGUCUGUGAGGAAAUCAGAGAGUCUCGUGUUCAAAGAGCUUUAUCGUACAGGACUGGGAUGAACCAACAGACUAAUGGCGUCUACAGAUCAGUGUUUUCCAGAAAGACUCAUAGGCCACGAGCGCGUCAGAAAAAGCGUUACAAAAAGGCCCGAAGGUCCAAAUGGAGCAACGGUGUUAUUAAGAAACCCAAGAAGAAGAAGCCCCCGGCCUCGUCCUCGAACACCUCCACCUCCACGUCCAGCAAAGCCAAUUCCGACUCGAGCGCCGAGGACGUCAGAGGUGUCCGAACCCGAGCGGCGGACGGCUCGUCUGGUCUGAGCUCRUCCAGCGUGUCAGACAGCAGCGACGAGGAGCAGAGCCGGCGUCUCUCCAACGCCGUCACGAGAGCCCAGAGCGUCCUCACGAACGGAUUCGGUCGCCCCGAACUGCUCCAGCUGGCUCGAAGAACCCCCAAACGCAGGCCUCGAACCCGGUCCUCAGGGGCGGCCCCAGCCCCUCGGAGGGCUUAUUUAAACAAAUUAGAGACGCGCAGAAAGCCCGACAGAGGGAACCAGGCGGCCCCGGAUCAAAUCCAGAUGUUCAGCAGGGACAAAUCUGCGGCGGCCUCUGAGGAUAAAACACCCCCGCUGGUAGCUGAUCACAACAAACUAAAGGAACUGCUGAACAGAGCUGUGGCUAAAACAGACGGGGCUGAGGUGGAGCCACUGGAGAAGCUUUAUGCUCUUCUGGCUCAGUGCAUCUACAGGCACAGGAAUAACURCAAUAAGACUGAACUUGUGAAGGAAAUGAAGUCAGCGAUCGACAGCUUCUCCUGAACACCCACAAUGAAACCUGAUUAAAUUUAAAGUUGUUAUUGCCUUUGUACAUUCAUACCCAAGAACACAAGUUUUAAAUACCUCAAUAUUUAAAGCACUUUGUCAGUUUUUAUCUCAUUUCUUUCGUAUUUCCGUAUGCGUAUAAUCUUGCAGUGACACUUUUAUGAUGACGUGCUAUAAUAAGGAUGGUGUUUUGAGUGCAGUAGCAAUUUAACACGUUUUUCAGUAUUUAUUGUAUCUUUUGUYUUGCUCAUAAAUUAUGAAAAAAGCUGCAAUUUAAAUUCAAGAUACUUAUAAUUAAAGAUGUGUUAUAGAUUAGAGCUCUUUAGUGCACAACAUUAAAGCUUAAUAAUGUUUGUUUAAAUAAACAGUUUUGAAGAUCUA